AUGGAUGACGAACGGAUUAGGGAGCUUUUGGAGGAAUAUUCUUCGGAUGAAAGCUGUCCAUCAGGGUUGGACAUUGACGAAGAGGAGUUGAUCAGCCAGCGUAGUGACGAAAGCGACACAGAAGAGGAAUUCAGUAACCUAUUAGAGCCAGAGACCACAUCUAGUCCAGCAACAGUUACGUGUCCUGAGGAAGACAACAAUAGCUCGAUCGAUCGACCUUAUGCAAGCAGUACUAGACUAGAAAGAAAGCAAACUGAUAGAUUAGCCCCUAUUCGAAGUUUGCAUGAUAAAUUUGUACUACACUGUCAAGAAAACUAUGAUCCGUCUGAAUAUCUCACAAUCGAUGAAAAAUUAGACUCUUUCAGAGGCAGAUGCGUUUUUGUGCAAUAUAUGCCUAAUAAACCGGCAAAAUAUGGCCUCAAAAGUUACCUGUUAGUAGAUGCAAAAAGCUUUCAUAUAGUGAAUUUGGAGCUUUACGCUGGCACUCAACCCCCAGGACCAUAUAAUAAAAGUAAUAAGCCGUUAGACGUUGUGGAUAAAUUAGUACAACCAAUAUCGCAGUCAAGCCGCAAUAUUACUUUCGACAACUGGUUUACCAGUUACCCUCUAACCCAGCAUUUAUUGAGCCACUAUAAACUAACGUCUGUGGGUACUAUUAGAAAAAACAAAAGAGAGAUUCCCGCCUCGAUAUCAAACGCGAGAGGUCGUGACAUACAUAGUUCAGAAUUUAUUUUUCAAAAAGAUACUACAUUAGUCUCUUACGUGCCCAAGAAGAAUAAGGUUGUGUUGGUCAUUUCAACUAUGCACCAUGAUAAUAGCAUUGACGUUAUGACAGGCGGUAAGAGAAAGCCUGAGAUGAUCACUUUUUAUAACAGGACCAAGGGAGGGGUUAACGUCGUUGAUGAGUUAUGUGCCAACUACGAUGUAUCGCGAAACAGCAAACGCUGGCCUCUCACCUUUUUCUAUUCUUUACUGAAUAUGGCAGGUAUAAAUAGUUACAUAAUAAGAAAAGAAAAUUGCUCACUACCGAAUCUAAAACGACGAGAAUUUCUUCGGGUUUUGGGCUUGAAAUUGGUCGAAAAUCAUUGGUCUGCAUACAAGUCUACGUAA